CGCACCCUCAUCUGGACACAUGAUGGGGGCAGCCGGCGGUUUCAUGGCAGCACCCGGGGCAACAACCACCACCACCGCAGCAGCAGCAGCCUCCACCCCGCCUCGGGCUGGUUCCAUGAUGAUGCGGUCCCAGCAUGCGGGUGGAGUGACCCCUGGGUCACCUCCGCCUUGGGAGUGCUCGCCUGAGGCUGCAGCAGGGGCAGCAGGAGGAGGGGCGGGGAGCGCCUCUCCACCUGCCCGACACGCCCGCCUCUCCUCCUUCCAAGCAGCAGCCGCUGCAACCGGUGCCGCUGCCAGCAGCAGUCCCCCCACCCGCCAGCCCGCCUUCGCCUUCGCAGUUCCCCCCGGCUCAGCUGCACCCCCGGCUGGUGGUGCGGGUGGUGCUGGUGGCCCAUUUCCCAUCCCCGCCCCCGCGCCUGCGUCCCUGGGAGGGGUCAGCUCCGCCUCCUUCACCGGCUCCCCGGUGGGGGCCCUCACCACCUCCGCACCGGGGGCAGCGGGGGGUGCUGCUGCUGCCACCGCGGGUGGUGGUGGGAUGCCCCCGCCGGGUGGGGGUGGCGCUGCACCACCUGGCUUCCCGCUUCCUGGCGCGUCGUUCACCUUUCCUACGGGUACGCCAGCUGCAACAGCAGCUGCUGGUGGCGGUCAGAUGCCGCUUGGCGGCUUUGGAGGAGGAGGAGCCGCAGCCGCCAUGGGAGGGGCGUUCCCGCAGCAGCACCCCCACCCGCAGUCCGCCCCCCACCUGGUUGAUGCGGGGCUGCUGGCGGAGGCUCAGCGGGCGGCGGAGGCGGAGCGGGCGGCGCGGGAGAGCCUGAGGCAGCAGGCGGACCGGGCGAUACGACAGGAGCAGCAGCGACAUGUUGCCAUGGAGGUGCAGUGCCAGCAGCUGGCUGCCGCUGCCGCUGCGGCCCAAGCGGCGCUGCAAGAGAGCAGGCGGCGCGAGGCGGCGGUCGCGGAACAGCUGGCGGAGCUCAGGCUGGAGCAGCAGGGCAAGGCGAUCGAGGAGCGCUGGCGCGCCAUCAGCCUCCGAGCCGCCGUGGGCAGCUGGCGGCGCGGGGCGAGGGAGCGGCGGCGGCGCGAGGAGGUGCUGCGGCAGCAGCUGUCUCGUGCCUCGGUGACCCUGGUG